GCGCAUGCGCGGAGUGCGCUACAGGCUCGCGUUUGAGACGCUGGGCUACUUGCUAGCUGGCUAUCUGCCUUCCGCCUACGUACUAGAAUGGCGUGUGGGCGAGAUGCUCAAGACGCGUGGCUCGGCCGCCUCCUGUGAGCUCGACGCGGCUCGGUUAGGCCUUGGCCCGGCUAAAAUGUUCCGUACCCUCGGCGGGGAUCCAACGUGCACUCAAAACGCCGACGGCGGCCAUCGCGCCGCCAUCUGCCAGAUCGUCCCAUCCUAGUGGUGCGCCGCGCCCACCAUCGGGGGCGGCCAUGGCUGUGAAGGAGCGCGUGGAGGCGGUGCUGAAUGUGGGCCUGCGGGUGCCUAGCAUCAUGCUGCUGGAUGUGCUGUACCGCUGGGACGUGAGCUCAUUCUUUCAGAAGAUCCAGCGCUCCAGCCUGUCCAACAACCCCCUCUUCCAGUACAAGUACCUGGCACUCUACCUGCACUAUGUGGGUUACAUCCUGAGCCUGGUGCUGCUCACGCUGCCUCGUCAGCACCUGGUCAAGCUUUACCUCUACGUACUCACGGCUCUGCUGCUCUUUGCUGGCCACCAGGUGUCCAGGGAUUACGUGCGCAGUGAGCUGGAGUCGGGCCACGAGGGCGCCGUGUACCUGGAACCGCUCUCCAUGAACCGAUUCACCACAGCGCUCGUGGGUCAGCUUGUGGUGUGCACGCUGUGCUCAUGCGUGAUGCAGACCAAACGCAUCUGGCUGUUCUCCGCCCACCUGCUUCCCCUGGUGGCCCGGCUGUGCCUGGUGCCCAUGGAGACCAUCGUGUUCAUCAACAAGUUCUCCAUGAUCUUCACGGGCCUGGAGGUCAUCUACUUCCUGGCGUCCAACCUGCUGGUGCCAUACAACCUGGCCAAAACGGCCUACCGCGAGCUGGCUCAGGUGGUGGAGGUGUAUGGUCUUCUGGCUCUGGGCAUGUCCUUGUGGAACCAAUUGGUCCUGCCUGUGCUCUUCAUGAGCUUCUGGCUGCUGCUCUUCGCCUUGCAGAUCUACUCCUACUUCAGCACCCGGGACCAGCCCACUUCCAGGGAGAGGCUGCUCUUCCUCUUUCUCACCAGCGUGGCCGAGUGCUGCAGUACGCCCUACUCGCUACUGGGCCUGGUCUUCACAGUCUCCUUCAUCGCCCUGGGUGUCCUCACGCUCUGCAAGUUUUACCUGCAGGGCUACCGGGCCUUCAUCAACGAUAACACCAUGCACAGGGGCAUGACGGAGGGCAUCACUCUGCUGAUCCUGGCCGUCCAGACGGGCCUGAUUGAGCUGCAGGUGAUCCACCGGGCCUUUCUGCUGUCCAUCAUUCUGUUCAUCGUGGUGGCCUCCAUCCUGCAAUCCAUGCUGGAGAUCGCCGACCCCAUCGUUCUGGCGUUGGGAGCCUCCAGGGACAGGAGUUUGUGGAAGCACUUCCGAGCCGUGUCGCUGUGCCUCUUCCUGCUGGUCUUCCCGGCCUACAUGGCUUACAUGAUCUGUCAGUUCUUCCACAUGGACUUCUGGCUCCUCAUCAUCAUCUCGUCCUCCAUCCUCACGUCACUGCAGGUGCUGGGCACUCUGCUUAUCUACGUGCUUUUCAUGGUGGAGGAGUUCCGCAAGGCUCCGGUGGAAAACAUGGAUGAGGUCAUCUACUACGUCAACGGGACAUACAGGCUGCUGGAGUUUUUGGUGGCGGUGUGCGUGGUGUGCUACGGCGUGUCGGAGACUGUGUUUGGCGAGUGGAGCGUGAUGGGCGGCACCAUCAUCCUGGUGCACUCCUACUAUAACGUGUGGCUGCGGGCACAGCUGGGCUGGCAGAGCUUCUUGCUGCGCCGCGACGCCGUCAACAAGAUCAAGAGCCUCCCCACCGCCAGCCCGGCGCAACUGCAACGACACAACGACAUCUGUGCCAUCUGCUACCAGGACCUGAGCAGUGCCGUCAUCACGCCCUGCAGCCAUUUCUUCCAUGCGGGCUGUCUGAAGAAGUGGCUGUAUGUGCAAGAGACGUGUCCUCUCUGUCACGCGCAACUCAAGAGCCAAGCGGCAGCUGACGCGCCACCGGCCAGUCACGUGUGUGCGAGACAGGAAGAAGUCGGCGAGGAGAAGGCGGAGGAUGAAGGAGCUCCGUCUCAGUCUUGUGCAUCCUCUGACACGCCCCCUUCACCUUCGGCUUCCUGUUUGGAAGGAGGUGCCAAACCGGUGGGCGGAGCCUCGGCCCAACCCAGCAACCUAUCGCAUGAUCCUGAGUCGGCGCCUCAAACAAAGACGUCGAAUGACAUAACAGGGGAUGUCGUUGCCAAUUGAACAUGCGUGUUCCCAGCACUCAAAGCAUCCGCCUGGUCUGUUCGCCAUAACUUUUGAUGUAGUGGACUGAGAUAGUUCGUGAAGUCCUCUAUUGGAAAUCCCGUCACUGUGAUCGGGGAGUCGGGAAUGAGCAGGUGAUUGUGCACACGGCCACCGCAUUGGCAAUCUUUUGCCCGUCUCCCGACUUGGCCAAUGGCGAGCAUGAGAUUUUGAUGAUGUUGACAACGUUGACGCAUGCUUGAGCGUAAACGCCUGCACGGUGACCAAAACAUCUUAAGCAUCUUACUUCCCUGAUGUUCUCAAAACCGCCGACGCCAUUUUGUUCCGGGCGUGGACACGGCGACAGUUUGCACUGAUGUCAUUUCUACAACUGUGACUUUACCUUUGCCCCUCCUCAACCCGGCACGUAUGACGCGUCCCCCCCCCCCCCCCCAGCUGGUUUGAUCACUCCACUGUCAGGAGUGGGAGCAGCAGGACGCAGACGCCGCCCGUUACCUUCACACAGUGUUAGCGGGGGUUCAGAAUGAAUACAUGCUCCAUGAGCUAUGUAUGAUGAACACCUGCAAGUCUUUUUUUUUUUUUUUCUUUUUCAAGAAAUUAAAUGUAAACUUUGUUUUGCGCUCGAAUUUUUUGAAGGACUCAAAUGAGGAUGACGUCGGAGCUGACUGCCAGUAUGCACUUGUGAUUUUUACAAUGAGAAGGUGCCCCAAAAGUAAAAGGUCAACUGUCGAUGUAAAUAAAUGAUGAAUGCUAAUUCAAA